CGUACUACUAUAAGGGUGCUGGUACCGGAAAAACCGACCCAUCUGAAAAGUAAAACAUCACAAAACAAAACUGGCAUACAGAUACCCUACUGCGCCAGGAAAGGAGAUCAUCUUAUUGCGCAUAAGAAGGCAGUGGUUUACAGUUUUUAUUUUAUUCAGCGACGUCACGAUGAAGUUCUCCGUGGCACUCAUAUUAUCGAUCGCGCUGUCGUCGACGGCCAAUGCGCUGGUUCCGCGCGCGGAGCUGGUGGUCAGGGAUAGUGAGGCGACAGUCCAGCAAUUAGAGGUCCGUGAGGCCGAGGGCACCUUCGAUGCGUCCGAGGAGCUGUGGAAGCGCAAGGGAGGUGGUGGCGCCGGUGGUCGUGGUGGAGGAAGCAGUGGAGGAAGCAGCGGAGGGAGAACCGGGGGUGCCGGAACCAGCAGUGGAGGAAGCAGUGGUGCUGGAAGAGGUACUGGCUUAGGCUCAUCCUCGUCCUCAACAGGCGGCCAAACCAGAACUGGAUCAGGACCGAGUCCAGCCUACGGUGGUGGCGGAUACUACGGCGGCGGCGCUGCGGUCCCAUAUAGAACUGGGGCGGCGACAAGGAGCGGCAUUUCCCCUGUCCUCCUUGGUGUCGGAGUCGGUCUUGGAGUCGGAGUACUCGCCUAUGGUCUCGCUGGCACAUGGCACCACCCCGUUUACUCGUACCCGUACAAGAACACCUGGACCUUUUACAACAUCACCGUCGACGCAAACCAAACCAAGCCGGUCCAGUGCCUUUGCGAAGAGUACUCGGAGUGCGGCUGCGACGACAACGACAACGCCCAGUACCAGAAGGAUGUCCUGGGCAACGGCAGCUAUGCAGGCCUCAACAAGAGCGUGGUCUCGGUGGCCGAUAUCCAGGGAAAGAGCACCAUCAUCCUGAACGGCACACUUCCCAACGGCACAACCGCUGCUGGAGGCACUGAGGAGGCUGAUGGCUCUACUGACUCCUCUUCUGGUACUAGCACUGCUGCCACAAACGGUGCAUUCAGCCUCACGCACGGCAUGAUGCAGUCCGGCGUCUACUGUAUCAUGGCGGCCGCGGUCGGCUCCGCAGUGUUCCUGGCUUAAAUACCCUUGGGUCUACAUCUUGACCUGCUAAUAUUUGUUGGGAAACCUUCUAAAUUUGUAUUCUAAGCGACGACUUGUGCGAUUAUCCGUUUGGCUUGGCGGUUUGGAGAGGCUCACGGCAACCCUAUAAGCAUUGAAGACCCUCGAAUACAGGGCUUUUUAUCAGAAUAGUGGGCUGCUGUCCUUUUUAUGGCGUUUAUGGGACCACUGGACGACUAUGGUCGCUGUCAAUAUUGGAAUAGGUAUCAAUAACUACCUAUGCGGAUGCUAUUAGAUCCAAUCAAUCAUGAUUGUUGCGCUCGUUCUUAUAAUAUAGAACUAUAUAUUCACAUAUUUAUCACACUCUUCAACUUUGCUGC